ACGGCGGCCCCGUUCCGUUCCGUGCUCCGAGAUAAUACAGUCCUGGCGAGAUUGUCGCCAACAUACGAAGGGUCACACUUUUCUUGAAAAGGCAUUCAAAGAGGCAAGCCAUGAGUGUGUCGAUCGAAACGGUUGCUACGGCUCCUUUCGAGGGUCAAAAACCGGGAACGAGUGGUCUUAGGAAGAAGGUUAAAGUGUUUACGCAAAAAAACUACACCGAAAACUUUGUCCAAUGCACCCUGGAUGCGAAUGGUCCGGGCCUGGCCGGCUCUACGCUGGUCGUCGGUGGCGAUGGCCGAUACUUUUGCAAGGAAGCGUGCGAGUUGAUCGUCCGGUUGUGCGCCGGCAACGGUGUGCGCAAGCUAUUGCUCGGCCAGAACGGCAUUCUUUCAACGCCGGCCGUUUCGAGUUUGAUCCGACGCCACAAGGCCCUCGGGGGCAUUGUUUUAACGGCGUCGCACAACCCUGGCGGACCGGAAAACGAUUUCGGUAUCAAGUUCAACUGCGAAAACGGUGGCCCGGCACCGGAUGCGUUCACCAACAAGAUCUUUGCCCUGUCGGGGGAAAUCAAGCAAUAUCGGGUUGCCCCGGUAACGGUAGACAUCUCGAAGGUCGGUGUAACGAAUGCCGACGUGAAUGGCAAGCCUUUCACGGUGGAGGUGAUCGACUCGGUGGCCGAUUAUGUGGCACUGAUGCGGGAAAUCUUUGACUUUGACCGGCUGAAGGAGUUUGUCUCGGGAAAAUCGCGCCCCGGUGGUCAACCGCUCAAGAUGCGCAUCGAUUCGAUGAACGGCGUUACCGGGAACUAUGUGAAUGAAAUCUUCGUCAACUGUCUCGGUGCGCCCAAGGACGGAGUGGUACACACGACACCGCUGCCCGACUUUGGUGGACUCCACCCGGAUCCGAAUCUAACGUACGCGAAAGAACUGGUGGAUACGGUGCGUGCCGGUGACUACGACAUCGGAGCGGCAUUCGAUGGUGACGGCGAUCGGAACAUGAUCAUCGGUCGGAAGGCUUUUUUCGUUACGCCUAGCGAUUCCCUGGCCGUGAUCGCGCACUACCUGGAGUGCAUCCCGUACUUUAAGCGCAACGGAAUUCAGGGGCUCGCCCGCAGUAUGCCCACCGCUUCGGCCGUCGACCGGGUGGCGGAAGCGUUGGGCAAGGAAAUGUUCGAGGUGCCGACGGGCUGGAAAUACUUUGGCAACCUGAUGGAUGCGGGACGACUGUGUCUGUGUGGGGAAGAGAGCUUCGGCACCGGGUCGAACCACAUCCGCGAGAAGGACGGUCUGUGGGCGGUGCUGGCCUGGCUCUCGAUCAUGUCGCACACGGGCAAAAGUAUCGAGGAGAUUUGCGUCGAGCACUGGAAGCGGUACGGGCGCAAUUACUUCACGCGCUACGACUACGAAGAGUGCGAUCUGGGGCCGUGCAACGAGAUGAUGGCCACGCUGGAGACCACCAUCACCGGUGCCGCGUUCGUCGGGCGCGAACUGAGUGCCGGUGGCAAAACGUACAAAGUGAAGCUGGGCGAUAACUUUAGCUACAACGAUCCGAUCGACAAAUCGGUAUCGACCAAGCAGGGACUGCGGAUUGUGUUCACCGACGGCAGCCGGGUCGUGAUGCGCCUCAGCGGAACCGGCAGUUCCGGGGCCACCGUCCGGUUGUACAUCGAUUCGUACGAGAAGGAGAACGUGCUGGGAAGCGCCUCCGAGAUGCUGAAGCCGUUGAUCGAUAUCGCACUGGAAGUGUCGAAGCUGCCCACCUUUACCGGUCGCACCGCACCGACGGUUAUCACGUAAAACAAAGGGUAUCCAGGGUAUCGGAGGACCCCCAUCUCAAUUUGCCAUCGUACCGCAAAAGCGAGUGCAAUACACUAGUACACCGUCGUUACGCUUGAAGUGUGCAUUUCGAUGUUCUUCACAUGAAGUAGGGUUUUAUUUGUCGUUACGCUAAUUUAUGCAAAUGCACCAUUCAAUAAAGUUGGGUUUGUUAAUGUUACAAAAAAUGUUAUUCUUCGGGGUAUAUUUAUGAGCAAAAAACUCAAAAGCACUAGCUGUAUGGAACAACAGAUUGUUAUCAGCCAACUAUGAUGCGUUUGUGAUUUAUUGUAUGUUAUUGGUUUGAUAGCUGCUUUGGGUAAAUAC